UAUUUCAUUAUAUUCUAUAGAUGCGCGAUGUGAUGUCAACAAUGUGCAUGUAAGAUGUAAUUUGUGCCUUUUACGUUGCACAUGUUAGUGGAAAUGUGCAUAUUUUAUUAUUGCUUCUCUGCUGAUGGCGUGAUUCUGUAAUUUUCGAUUUAUUACCAAUUGUGACAAGAUCGAAAUAACAUGGCUGGCCAGCAACAUCCAUUCCCAUCUGGGUUCCCUAGUGUACAACAAUCUGCAAUGAGAACGCAGUUUGGCGGAGGACAGAUGGUAUCUGGCUUAAUGGGGCCACAACAAGGUAGUAUGGUAAAUCCACAACAAUUUGGAGUUGGUGUAGGAGUCGGAGUUGGUAUAGGUGGAGUAGGCUCCAAUACUAUGGGUAUGCCCAGUGCUCAACAAGUAUUGGCACAACAGCAACAACAACAGCAGUCAGUUGCAAUGCAACAACAAGUACAACAGAUGCAACAGCAACAAUUACAAUUACAACAACAGCAACAAGCUGCAAUGGUACAACAGAGUAAUCAAGCAAGCAACCAAGCUACAACACCACAAACUCCUGUUCCACCUACGCAACCACCACCUCAACAACAACAACACAAUAAAGAAUUUAACACUGCUAGUUUAUGCAGAUUUGGUCAAGAAACUGUACAAGACAUUGUUAGUCGCACCCUGGAAGUCUUCCAAACAUUAAGAGUUCUUCAACCCCCAAAUGGCAUGGCACAAGGUGCAAAUUUAGCUAAUGAAAAAAAGAAUAAAGUACAGGAUCAAUUAAAGACACUUAAAUUAUUAUUUAGACGUUUGAGAGUAAUUUAUGAAAAAUGCAAUGAAAACUGUCAACUUCAAGGUAUGGAAUAUACGCAUAUAGAAAGUCUAAUUCCUUUAAAAGAAGAAUGGGAUAUGAAAUCCGAUGAGAAAAAGACUUCUGAAGCCUACAGACUUGCUUGUGAGGAAAGCAAGGAAAUCAUGGAACAAGUGGUAUUAAAAAAUAGACAUCUCAAGGAAAUCAUUGAUCACUUAAGACGUAUUAUUUCGGAAAUAAAUACAAUGUUAAAUAUGCGUCGUUCGUGAAUUGUAAAAUGUAAAUAAAUAUUUAUAUAAGUUACUAAAAAAAAA